AUGGCUUUUCCCUUGCACACCCACAAAGUCUUUUCGGCUGGAAGCGCAGUUCUUCACCGAAAUGUCAAGCCGCUGCCCGCAGCCACCGAGCCGGUAGAGGUUGUGGACGAGGAUGACAAGGCAGGGCGAAAAAAGAAGAAGGACAAGAAAGCUAAGCGGCAGCCAGCUGAGGAGGAUUCCGAAGGCAGGAGGAAGAAGAAGAAGGAUAAGAAGCGGAAGCCGGCAGAGACGGUUGAUGUGGAGGAGCCAGCAGAACUGGGACAUGCGUGGAAGCGCCGGAAAGAGAAGCGGCGGCUGAAGCAGCCCGAGGAGGAGGCUGCAGACGACGACGAUGAUCAACAAGGUCCACCGCUGACUUCGGAAGCCCUGCUACGCUUGCAGCAGGAGUUGGCUGAGAAAGAGCUCCUUGAGAAGGAGCUGGAAGCAGAGCUGGCUGAGGAGCCUCGCCGCCGCCGCGAGAUGCCGGCGGAGUCGGCGCAGUAUGACUCCACGCACCCCGCCACUGAGCUCCCCCCCGAGUCGACGCACCCCGCCACCGAAAUGCCGGUUGACGAGGAGGAUGACGUGGACAUCGCCGACGACGCGGAGACGCAACGGGCCUUGCAGAAGGCCAUGGGAGGAUUCGAGGCAGAAGAGGAUGAUGUGGACAUCGCCGAUGAUGCGACGACCCAGAGGGCCCUUCUGAAAGCCAUGGGCGGUAGCGAAGCUGAAUCCGAAGUUGAAGCCGCCUGGGACAAGGCCCUAGGCCCGGGCACUGCCGAAGCAGAGGUCUCGGCCGAGUCACAGGCGCAGACGACGGCGGAGGCGACGGCCGAGCCCAUGGCGGAAGUGGAGGCGGCGGCCCCGGAGAUGGUGGCCGAAGCUGUUGAGACCGAACCGGCCGCCGAAGAGAAGGAGGCGGCUACAGAGCCGGCUCCGAUGCCGGAGCCUGCGGCAGUGGAGCCCACGGCUCCGGCUGCAGCGGCUGAGCCGGCUGCUGCAGUGGCGGAGGUGGAGGCGCAGCAUGUCGAAGAGGCAGCUCCUGAGGCGGAGGCUGUGCAAAAGGAUGGCGCGGAAGAGUUUGCUUUACCUGACUUUGCCGAGGCAGCUGCAGAGGCUUUGGCAGCGCAGCCGGAGCCCACAGCAGCAAAGGGAGCAGAGGCGACUGCCGAGCCCGCAGAAGCUGCAGAGGUCGAAGAAGCUCUCGAGGUGCCAGAGGCUAAGCCGAAGGAGGCGGAGCUCGUUGAGCCCGCACCGGUGAUUCAGGAGGUGGAAGCCACGGAGGUCACGCCAGCUGAGGAGGGUCAAGCCCUUGCAGAUCAGGAUCGCGUCAGUUCCGUCGGCUCACGAUGUUCCCCAUCGGGCUCCGAGGACGAGGCCGACAAGAUGAGUGUGGCUGGGCGCAGCAUCGCUGGUCGCAGCAUUGCAGGACGAAGCAUUGCGGGUCGAAGCAUGGCGGGCCGGAGCGUUGCUGGUCGAAGUAUUGCAGGUGUCAGCAUUGCUGGCUAUGGCCUGCGUGGAAAAAGUGUUGCGGGCAAGAGCAUUGCGGCCAGUGUGGCUGGCGGCUCUGACAGGAGUUACCGCACAACGAUGACCACACGCGAGAUGCUUGUGGGGGCCAGCCAGAUGCGAGAGAUCAUGAGGAGUGUAUCACCGAUCUCCGAGCCCGGCGUCCAAGUAAAGCGCAAGAGGCGAAGGCGCCACAAUAUCGACUGGGCCAGUUCCUGCUCUGCAGACAGCGCAGAGGCAGAACGCCGGCGGAAGAGGAAGGAGAAGAAGGAGAAGAAAAAGGCGAAGCUGGAGAAGCGCGUCUCCCUGCAUCCUCGUCACUCGCCGUCGCACUAUGCUGCCCCGUCCCCAACGAUCGAGACAGCCACAGUGCGGCGCAGCCCCGUCCCGUCGAUGGCUCCAUCGCACUGGACACAGAAG